AUGUUCAAUGAACCCAUUUCACCACCUUCAUCAACACCUUCAUCCCCACCUUACUAUACCAUCUCCUCUGACUCUGAGCCAUCUGACCCCCAAUCUCCCACUCUAGCUCAACUUCAGGCUCGUGCCCUCUCCGCCCACAACCAACCUGAACCAGAAAUAAAUAUCCCAUCACCAUUUAAACAACCACCAACACCUUCAUCUGAACCAUACAUCGAAACUCCCACUAAAAACCCCAUUACCCAUCACUCUGAACCUCCCACUGAAACCAUCCCCACACCACCAGAACCAACAUCUCCCACAUCUGAACCAGAACCCACCCUUCCCACCCUGGAAGAAGCAGUAACCUUAUUUGUUGAGUCUUCAGUGGAGAAGAUCAAAUCACUAUCUACAAACUCUAAAAUCAGUGAUGAUCCCUCUGCUGUGAGGAUUCACUAG